UUUUGAUUUCAACCACCAAUCACUGAUGGCAAAAAAAUCGCGCUUCCUUUCGGUUGUUGUUCACUCGCCCGAUGACAGAAGGUGGCUGGGGGAAAAAAAGAGUUCAACAAUGCCAAUGGUUUUGCGAUCCCGAAAAUCAAUCCACCGCAGUGAUGGAGAUGAGAAGGGCCAAACUGCAGAAACAACCGCAACGGCGAAGAGGCAAUUCUCCCGCCUGCGGGAGAGACCCACGUACGUGGAGUUCGAGGACUCGGAUUCUGACACUGGGCAUAGGGAGGUGAUGGAUAGAGUGCAGACUGAUGAUGAAGAAUACGCGGAGGAGACCGAUGACGCGGGAUCGCAAAUGAAGCGGUGCAGCGUGGUGUUGGACCGUCUCAGUGAUAAUUCCGCGAGAAGAGAAUCCGAGGAGCGAGACGACAUGAGCCGCAAAAGCGCCAAGCCGGCCUCCCGCAUCCCGACGUUCCAUAAGCGGCCCGCUGUUGUGAGCGCAGAGCUGCCUGUCUCCAAAAAGGAGCCGCCUUUCACUGUAGUUCAGCCUGUUGACAAACUUGCAAGUAUUGAUGCAUCAAAGUCCAAAUUCGCUGAUAUUCGCGAAAAAAAACAUUUCCAGUCAUUAGUCCGCACCCCUAAAGUUGUCUUUGAGGCCCCCACUAGCCUGAGCAGCACAGAACCAACGGCUGCAGGGGCUGCCCCCAAAAGCUAUGUGUUGCCGGAGGCUUUACAGCCCAGUCUGAUGGUCAGCCCCAGGCCUGCCCUCAGAGCAGGGGAGAGUCUCUUGCCAGGGGAAAACAAUAUCCAGUAUACCGAGAUUGAUUGCUCCACAAGCCACCUUCCGUGUGUGGACCCUCUCACCCAUGAUGCACCUGGGGAAGAAACUUCACAAAGUCCUUUUAUUGCAGCAAAGAUGAAUAUUCCUCUUGGAAUAGCCAAUGAGCUCGCUUGCAAACCUCCCGUUAGCCAAACGGAGGCUAUUGUGGAUGAAAAACCGCCAUGGGAAAGCCGAGGUCCAAACGCAACUGAGUCAAAGGACUUAAGAUCUUCAGACAUAGAUAGCGAGGAUGACCAGGCAUUGGAUGAUUCCGGCAGUGCAAAGGACCUCCAUGAGUCGGAAGCGAGUGAAAUGGACAGCGAAGAUGUCGCAAAGGAAGAGGCUGCAAUUGAUGACGGAUCCGCCUGUCCUGUGGUAGCGGAGCGGCCCUCCAAAGCUCCGUUAUCGAAGUCGACCCAAAGAUCCCGAUGCGGUGGCUUCGGCCUCUUCUUCUUGCUCCCGGCCACUCUGCUGCUUCUUGGUAUGCACGCGUGGCGCUUUGGCCUUCCCAUGUCGGUCAGCCAGCUCGCUGCUCAUCUGGAGCUGCACUGGCAGGAGGGCAUUAGCCCCAUCACAGAGCAGUGUAGCAGGGAUUGCAGAGUUCAUCUGGUGGAGAGCAUCCCCGUGGGUUUGUACCCAUCCAGCCCAUCGCCGCAGCAGAGCACGACGGCCAGCUGGCUGAGGCUGCUGGACAAGGCCAACGGCUCGGUCGGCGUCGCCGGGUACUACGUGUCACUGAGGAGCAACGAUCCCGAGUUUGCCGAAUCGCUCGACACUCAGGGCAGGCAGGUCUUUGAGCAACUCAAGCAACUCCCUUCUAAACAUGUGAACCUCAAUAUAGCCGUGAACGGCCCUCAGACGUUGACUUGGGACACGAGUGAAUUGGCCGCGGCGGGUGCCAAGAUCAGGGAGGUUGAUCUCAAGUCUUUAUCUGGAGGUAUCUUGCACACUAAGAUGCUUGUGAUUGAUCAGAAGCACUUCUACUUGGGUAGCGCCAACAUGGACUGGUGCUCUUUGAAUCAGGUGAAGGAGGUGGGCGUCGCCGUGGAGGAUUGCGACUGCCUGACUCAGGACGCAGCUCGCAUCUUUGAGGUUUACUGGAGCCUCAAUGGAUCCCUGCCGCCGUAUUGGCCAGCUCGCUUCACGGCCCUGUCCAGCUCCGAGCAUCCUCUGCAGGUCAACUUGAACGGAGUCCCGGCGCGAGUCUACUUGUCCAGUGCUCCGCCGCAGAUCUCGGCGCGCGGACGCUCAGGCGAUCUCUCCACCAUCUUGUCCGUCAUCGAAGAUGCUCGGGAAUUCCUUUACGUAUCUGUCACAAACUACCUUCCGCUGUCUGAGUUCACCGAGCCACUCAGGUUCUGGCCCGCCAUCGACACUGCCCUGCGCGCUGCAGCCUGCACUCGAGGUCUGAAGAUCCGUCUCCUGGUCAGCUGCUGGCAGGAGUCGCCUGCCGCCAUGUUCACCUUCUUGCAGUCGCUGCUGGUUCUCAACAGGCCGCCGAUGAAAUGUGACAUUGAAGUGAAAAUUUUCACAGUGCCUUCAACAGCAGAGCAGAUGAAGCUCCCCUUCGCUCGAGUCAACCAUGCCAAGUACAUGGUCACAGACAGAGUGUUCUAUAUCGGCACAUCCGACUGGUCCGAGACCUACUUCACCCAGACCGCCGGAGUGAGUUUGGUUGUGAACCAGACCGACUCCGAGGUCAAACGAGGCCAGCGGACUCUGCAGAGCCAAGCAGAAGAGCUCUUCCUCCGAGACUGGGGCUCCCAUUACACAAGCUCGCUGUCGGCCGCCGACGUCAGAGUCUGCCCUCGCAUACCACACUGAAUUAUUGACGGGAUUUUCUUUGCUGUCUCUGCAUCUUCAUCGCUUCUUUUUGCUAUUUUGGGAGGCCGCGGGGAAACGUUUGUAUAUAAUUGCUAUUCUUAUGGUUGCUUUCAAAUUCUAUUUUUGUACAGUUUGUGUGUUUAGUUUUACCAACCUGAGCUGUACAGUUUUUUGUUUUGGGUUUUUUUUGCCCGGAGCAAUUUGUAUAUGUUUGGCACGUUAUUUCCCAUUCAUUUGACCUUUUUUUCUCAAAUUGGAGCAUUGUGGAAGUGCGUUUACCUCCACAGAAUCCACAUUGGACCGAUUGAGCUACCUACCGGUAAUCGGUCAGUUCUUGUGGCAAAACUUGCAGUAUGCCUGGGUUUGAUUGAGUGGGCGUUUUGAUUUGUCUUUGUCUUUGCUUUGAUGUUUCCAAGCACUAGGUCAGUAGAUAAACGUGGUUUUCAAAAAACUAUUGAUCUCUGUAUCACUUGAUAAUUGAAGGAAUGUCUCGAAACCAAAUGUGACCAUCUCAUCAUGUCAUCAUAGUUGCUAUAUUGCAUUUGAAUGCAAUCGCUUAUAUAUAUAUCAUGUGUGCAAAAAUAAGGGACCUGGAUGUAUAAACAUGUUACUGGAGUUUUCACUGAAUAAAGUAGCGGUACAUGUUUAUUGCACUUAAAAACAUUGAACUGUACUUGGAGCAAAUCUAUCACACACUAUGUUACAUCAUCGAUUCACUUACGUACUCCCAGCAUGUGACAAAAGUUUCUCAAGUGACAACUGGCUCCUCACUAAUGCAUGUCACUGGUCGGGUCUUCUCCAUGCAUCCCUGCA